AUGGGACCAAGCCCUGUGGUACUUUGUGUGGUUAUUGGUAACAGAAAUGCAAAGAAAAAUGCUAGUGCUAUUCGUAACCAAGCAUCGGAAAGAAACCAAGUUAAACUACAGACAAUGACUCCCUCAACAGUGACAUCGCCGCCACCACCACCAAUGAAUUAUUCCUACUGGCCUUCACAACAACAACAACAGCAGCCACAACCAUUCUAUGGAGUCGGCCAACAAUAUUCAUAUUCUCCUCGGCCUCAUCCUCCUCAUUCUCCAUAUCAGCAGCAUCCACAAACAAUUGAAUAUAUGCCUUCUCCAUCACAGUCGGCUCUUCCUCCUCUUCAUCACAAUAUCCAAGUUAAUUUGCAAAAAGAAAGUGAUCGCCAACAACAACAACAACAACAACCUAGUGUCACAAAUGAAAAGACAAAUAAUAAUUUGGAAGAGGUUGAUGAUGAUUAA